CUCGCUGACCGCUGCUGACGUCCUGGCCGAGGGCCGAGCAAAGCUGCAGUGGCCCCUGCAGUUACAGGCUGAGCUGCGUUUCUCGGUGGGCCAGGUGGGCAGCCCUCCUCAGCCUGUCCCUCCCUGUGAUGUGGCACAACAGAAGGCUGGCCGCACACCUGCUCCCCACUGCCCCCGAGGGCUGGAACCUGGCACACCUGCCAGGCAUGCUGACUCGCUGACGCCUGAGUUCCCUCUGCUAUCUGAGGGUGUGAGCAUGGAGCUGGGGAUGCCUUGGAUGACCAGGGUGGAUUAUCCCCCACAAGUCACCACAGCCUCCAGGACUAAGGCUCUGGAGUCACACCCUAAGCCAGAAAGCCACCUGCUGACGGGGGGUGUGGGGCUUGGCCCAGGGGUGCUGCAGGUGCCCUGGAGGUCAGCUGGGCAGUGGGAGGGGAUCUCUCUGAACGUGGCCCCCACACUCGGGGACCGUGGCCUCUGGCUGCAGCCUCGUCCAAAGUCUGGCCCAGUGGCCGCCCAUGCCUGCAUCCCCCUCUGAGCAGGGCACCAAUGGUAUCCUCCUACCUGGGACAUCCCUUGUUCUCAUUCUGAGCAGAUCAGGCUCUUAUUACUCUGUCUCCUGAGUCAGAAGGUCAGACAGAGGUCACGGGACUUUUCCAUCCAGUCUCCAAGCAGCUGCUCCUAGGGCCCCAGUCCCCUGGGAAGGGUCUGGAAGGGCGGACUCCAGGGCUUUUGAUCUCGCUGCCCACCCCAAUGCCGAGGAGGGCUUCAGCUCCCCUGGAGGGGCUGUGUGUGCAGUCCCUGCAGUUCCUUGAGCUGCUCCUAGGGCGCUUGCUCGGUUCUGGGUGUGUUUAGACGCCCUCGGCCUCUCGGGACUGCACCACCCCAUCCGGGUCCAUGGCCGGUGAAAUUCAGACCAAGCCAGUGAACACACUCAGUUUCUCGGUCACACCAGCCAUGCUUCCAGGGCCUGCAGCCUGUGUGAGGCCAGUGCACGCGGACUGCUUUCUCUCUGCCCACCGCUCAGGGAUUGGCACCCACCUUGCCCAGUCAAGGAAGGACCUGGACCAGGAGCCAGACACCCGAGAUUCAGGACGGGGGGCUCUCUGGAAAUGCUAAGUACUGCCCCCCAUGGGCCUCCCCCACCCCCAUCAGCCACUGAUCACCAGAGGAGGGCUCACCCCCAGCAGAAAAGGUCUAGAUUUGACCCUAAGACCUGCUGGCAGGUCAUGAUCCUGAGAAGGGUCAUGGAGAAGGUCAUGGAACCUUUCCUGGGAAGGGAACAGCACCCCCCCACCACCCCCAUUGCUGGGCUGAAUGCAGUCUCUGUGCCUCUGCAUGGUCUUGCCUGGACAUAGCGACUUCCAGGUGACCGGUCAGCCUGGACCUGCUUUGGGGGAGACCUCGGCCUGGGGUCAGCUGGGGUGGGGUGGGGCAGCCAGAGGGAUGGGCCAGCCCUGCCCCCUCCUUCCUGGUCCUGAACCCAGGUUGGGAGGGUCUUCCUGGGAGGGUCUGGUGGCUUUGAUCCCUGGGCCCUUCCAUCUCUGAGCCCAGGGCCUAGAGGGAGGAGGGGCUCCGGUUACAAUGUCCCUUCCCCUCCACUCUCCGCCCCUUGGUGACCCUUGUGGCCAGUGUCUCCGUGCUCCUGGGCCUUGGCCCCUCCCCUCUCCCCGCCCUGCGCUGACCACAGAGGGGCCAGGCGGGGGAGGGGCCGGCGCCACAUGCACAGCCUCAGAGCGCGGAGACCCGGAACCCACCCAGCCCCUUGCACCAGGGUGUUGAGACAGAGCAUCUGCUUUGGGGUCCAACCUUGGGGGCCAGGGAGGGAAGGCCAGGGGAUCGGUUGGGGGCCUGCGGGCAGGGGUGCAACCCCAGGCUUGCGACGGUGGAUGCCGCAGGCUCGGCAGGGCCUUAGGAGGGACUGGUGGCCACACACCCCCAACCCCUGGCUUGGCUGUCCCCAUGCCGGCCCUGAGGCCUCUCCUGCUGCUGCUCCUCAUGGUUGGGCUGACCUUGGGGGCCAGCCUGCCGCCGGGGCCCAGGAGCCACCCAGGCAUGUGCCCCAACCAGCUCAGCCCCAAUCUGUGGGUGGACGCCCAGAGCACCUGUGAGCGAGAGUGCGCCGGGGACCAGGACUGCACUGCUGCUGAGAAGUGCUGCACCAACGUGUGCGGGCUGCAGAGCUGCGUGGCGGCCCGCUUCCCCGAUGGCAGCCUAGCCACACCCGCCCCAGCGGCUUCGUGCAAGGGCUUCGUGUGCCCACAGCAGGGCUCUGACUGCGACAUCUGGGACGGGCAGCCUGUGUGCCGCUGCCGUGACCGCUGCGAGAAGGAGCCCAGCUUCACCUGCGCCUCUGACGGCCUCACCUACUACAACCGCUGCUACAUGGAUGCCGAGGCUUGCCUGCGCGGCCUCCGCCUGCACGUCGUGCCCUGCAAGCACGUCCUCAGCUGGCCACCCAGCAGCCCAGGGCCACCCGAGACCACCGCCCGCCCGACGCCCGGGGACGCCCCUGUGCCGCCCGCCCUCUACAGCAGCCCCUCCCCGCAGGCGGUGUAUGUUGGGGGCACGGCCAGCCUCCACUGCGAUGUCAGCGGCCGGCCACCGCCCGUGGUGACCUGGGAGAAGCAGAGUGACCAGCGGGAGAACCUGAUCAUGCGGCCAGACCAAAUGUACGGCAAUGUGGUGGUCACCAGCAUCGGGCAGCUGGUGCUCUACAACGCCCGGCCCGAAGAUGCCGGCCUCUACACCUGCACCGCGCGCAAUGCCGCCGGCCUGCUGCGGGCUGACUUCCCGCUCUCUGUGAUCCAGCGGGAGCUGGCCAGGGACAGGGCCCCCAGUGCCCCUGCCCCGGCGGAGUGCCUGCCCGAGGCGCAGGCCUGUGCCGGCCCCCCCUCCAGCCGUGUCCUCUGGCACUUUGACCCCCAGCGGGGCAGCUGCAUGACCUUCCCAGUCGGCAGCUGUGAUGGGGGCGCCCGGGGCUUCGAGACCUAUGAGGCAUGCCAGCAGGCCUGCGCCCGGGGCCCUGGGGAUGCCUGCGUGCUGCCAGCCGUGCAGGGCCCCUGCCAGGGCUGGGAGCCACGCUGGGCUUACAGCCCACUGCUGCAGCAGUGCCACCCCUUCGAGUACGGCGGCUGCGAGGGCAACGGCAACAGCUUUGAGAGCCGCGAGAGCUGUGAGGAGGCCUGCCCAGUGCCCCGCACCCCACCCUGCCCGGCCUGCCGCCUCCGGAGCAAGCUGGCGCUGAGCCUGUGCCGCAGCGACUUCGCCAUCGUGGGCCGGCUCACCGAGGUGCUGGAGGAGCCCGAGGCGGGCAGCGGUGGCAUCGCCCGUGUGGCCCUGGACGACGUGCUCAAGGACGACAAGAUGGGCCUCAAGUUCUUGGGUACCAAGUACCUGGAGGUGACGCUGAGCGGCAUGGACUGGGCCUGCCCCUGCCCCAACGUGACGGCCGGUGACGGCCCGCUGGUCAUCAUGGGGGAGGUGCGAGACGGUGUGGCCGUGCUGGACGCCGGCAGCUACGUCCGCGCUGCCAGCGAGAAGCGUGUCAAGAAGAUCUUGGAGCUGCUCGAGAAGAAGGCCUGCGAGCUGCUCAACCGCUUCCAGGACUAGCCCCACCCUGCCCUGGACUCUGCCCCCACUGCCCUCCUGUCCUUGAAUACAAGCGUGUCCCUGGACCUUGGGGACUGCUGGUGCUGGGCCUCCUGGGGGCCCUGACCCCCGCAGGUGCCCCCACGUGGAGCCUUGACCCUUCCCCCCACCCAGCCUUGUCUCCAGCUGGGAUUCCGCCACCACAGUGGGUCUUUGGCUCCAGUCUCAGGUCACCAAGGAGCACCAUUUCCCUCCUGGGGAGCUUUCUGGGUCCCUGUAGGAACAUAAGCCAGGACCAGCCCGAGGUGGGUGCCACCUCUUGUGGCAAGAGGCCAGGUAGCCGGCUCAGUGCUGCCUCAGCAGUCCCUGGAUCCUCCCUCCCUACUCCACUGCCUGAGAGGAGCAGCAG